CGAUUUUCGAUCCUCUUCCGCCAUUUUGUGGACAUUGGCGUCGGUGUUCGGUGCAUAAUAAUUUCGUGUAUAGAUAUAGGCUUUCAAUUUUAUAUUUAAUUUGAUUUAAGUGGAUUUUGUGACAAAUGUGAAAUAAAUGUGUUGAGGAUUAACCAAACAACAUCACAUUGGCUUACAGAAAAUGUCGCGCUACGGUGACUGCAAAGUUUACGUUGGCGAUUUAGGCAACAAUGCAAGUAAACCAGAACUAGAGGAUGCCUUUUCAUACUACGGUCCCCUGAGGAAUGUGUGGGUAGCGAGGAAUCCCCCCGGCUUCGCAUUUGUAGAAUUUGAAGAUCCUCGUGACGCUGAGGAUGCGAUUCGUGGUUUAGAUGGACGAACAAUUUGUGGCCGGCGUGCUCGAGUGGAAAUGUCCAACGGAAGUAGAGGGUACGGACGCGGGCCGCCGCCUAGGUCCCGUCUUCCACCGCGUCCUUAUGACGAUCGCUGCUACGACUGUGGGGACCGUGGUCAUUAUGCACGGGAUUGUACACGUCGCCGGCGCCGCAGUCGUUCGCGUUCCCGCCGCCGCACGCGCUCCCGCUCGCCGCGUUCUGGCUCCCGCUCGCGCAGCCGCUCCCGCUCGAGAUCCCGCUCCAAGGGGAGGUCGAUGUCCCGCUCCAGAUCACGUUCUCCAUCCAAAGAUUCUAAAAAGUCUAAUUAAAUUGCCACCGAUUAUAGUUUAAUAAUUCCAAUGAUUUAAUUUUUUUUAUUCAUAGGACAUCACAUUUAUGUGUCCAUCCAGACUAUGUUGCAUCAUUCCUGUCUCUCAAAUGUGAUGUGUUUUAAGGGUACAAUGAUAUAUUGAUUGUGUAAUCAAUAUACUGUCAUAACAAUUA